AUGCGCGCCGGCUUUUCCCUGAGGAAAGCCGCGACGAUGUUAUCCUCCGCCUCUGCAGGCUCAGCGCCUUCCCCCGACGACUCUUCUUCCUCUGCGAGUGCGUUUUCGAGCGCCGCUUCCUCGGGCGGCGGCGGUGUGGAGCCGGCGAACCGGCCUCUCAACGGAGGUGAACGGCGCGGAGAGCGCCAGCAGCCUCAGGUGGCGCCGCGCGCAGGCAGCUGUGGAGGCGUGGAGCCCUCAGCCAAGCUCACAGUCCGCGCCGAGCGGUUCAGGGCUCUCCUCGGCAGACCGAACGUGGAUCUUAAUGAGUUGAAGCAGCUGCUGUGGAGCGGCGUGCCCACGUGCUGCGCGCCGUGGAUUCGGAGCGACUCAUGGCGGCUUCUCCUCGGGUAUCUUCCGGUUUCUCGCGAGCGCGUCCCACACGUCCUCGCGAAGAAACGAAGCGAAUAUAAGGAGCUUCUCGAGCACUACUACCAGAAAAAGACGCUCUCGAGCGACGAAGGCAAGCUCAUCCGGCAGCUCCGAGUCGACCUGCCUCGCACGCACUCCGGUCUGCGUUUCUUCAGCCACGCGCGCAUUCAGAGCUGCAUGGAGCGAGCCCUUUUCCUGUGGGCUGUUAAAAAUCCGGCGAGCGGCUACGUUCAGGGCAUCAACGACCUGAUCACGCCUUUUCUCUCUGUUUUCUUGGAAAGUAGUAUAGGCCGCGAUCCAGAGACAGUCUCAAUCGAUCACAUUCCAGCCGAGAUCUUGGACGAAGUGGAGGCGGACUCUUUCUGGUGUCUCUCAAAGCUUCUCGCGCACAUUCAGGACCACUUCACCUUUGGCCAGCCUGGUAUCCAGCGCUCGGUGCUGAAGCUUGCAGACAUUGUGCGGCGGGUCGACGAGCCGCUGUUUCAGCACUUGACUUCGCAGGGCGUCGACUUUUUGCAAAUGUCAUUUCGCUGGAUGAACUGUCUCCUCAUGAGAGAGUUCCCGCUACGCUGCGUGAUUCGGCUUUGGGAUACAUACAUCGCGGAGCAAGCGGAAGGCUUCAGCACCUUCCACGUCUACGUGUGCGUCGUGUUUCUCGUUUUCUGGUCGUCUCGGCUGAAGGAAAUGAACUUCCAACAGCUGAUGAUUUUUAUCCAGAACUUCCCGACUGCAGAGUGGACGGAACAAGAGAUCGAAACGCUCCUCGCGGAAGCGUAA